AUCAUUUGCUGUGUAAGGAUAAAGGAUUUAAGGAAACAUGUCUAUUCAAGAAGUUAGGCCAAAUAACACAAUCUACAUCAACAACCUCAAUGAGAAAAUCAAAAAAGAUGAACUAAAGAAGUCCCUCUAUGCCAUAUUCUCGCAGUUUGGUCAGAUUCUAGAUAUCUUGGUGUCUCGCAACCUGAAGAUGAGAGGACAGGCUUUUGUUAUAUUUAAAGAAACAAGCAGUGCCACCAACGCUCUGAGGUCUAUGCAGGGGUUUCCCUUCUAUGACAAGCCAAUGAGAAUACAGUACUCAAAGACGGAUUCUGACAUAAUUGCCAAAAUGAAGGGUACCUUUGUGGAAAGAGACAGAAAGAGGCAGGAAAAGAGGAAGGUGAAAGUCCCGGAAGUUCAAGGUGUCAAAAAUGCAAUGCCAGGUGCAGCGCUGCUUCCAGGAGUUCCAGGGCAGAUGGCGGCCAUGCAAAAUAUGCCUGGUAUGACUCAAGCUCCACGCAUGAUGCAUAUGGCUGGACAGGCACCCUACAUGCAUCACCCUGGUAUGAUGCCUCCACCAGGCAUGGCACCCGGACAGAUGCCACCUGGAGGUAUGCCCCAUGGGCAACUGAUGCCUGGGCAGAUGGCACCUAUGCAACCAAUUUCUGAAAACCCGCCGAACCACAUCCUCUUCCUCACCAACCUUCCAGAAGAAACAAAUGAGCUAAUGCUAUCUAUGCUGUUCAACCAAUUCCCUGGUUUCAAGGAAGUUCGGCUUGUUCCUGGCCGGCAUGACAUUGCCUUUGUGGAAUUUGAUAAUGAGGUGCAAGCUGGAGCUGCACGGGAAUCUCUUCAGGGAUUCAAGAUCACACAGAGCAACUCCAUGAAGAUCUCAUUUGCUAAAAAAUAAAGAGACUUAACACCGGAUCACUCUUCAUGUACACUGACAUGACUCAGGAGUCUGAGCAGGGCUAUUCUGAAUUAUGUUAAGAUGUUUUAUUUUGGGGUUUUUGCCCCUCUAAAUACAUGAAGAUGUUAUUUUUUAGUAUACGUUGGUGUCACAUUCAUCUUGUUGGUGAGUAACAUUUUAAUUUUUUUCAAAACAUUAUUUCGUGUUUCAGCAUUGCACCCAGAGUCUGCAACUCGGACAUUGUACCUGGAGCUUGUGUUGUUGUAAUAAACAUGAUUUGUCUAUUUUAA